AACAGCUUACAUUACAGUCCACCCCCAACUGCCCAAAGUCUGGAGUUGCCAUUUCGGCCCUUGGGGACGACGACGACGACGAUGCCGACUUGCUGGCGAAAGUCUGGCUAGGGUUGUCCUAUCAGCCAUUUGGCAUGCUAGCCAGUAACGUUUCGCAUUAGUUCGCAUCGGGAUGUCGGAAACGAAGGAUAUAUUGCUGCUCCUGGCUCGUGGAGCUUCCUCAUAGAAUUGUGAUACCGGUAACAACAGUCUCAUCUAUCACCGCGACUUGUUGUGUUGUGUUUUCGUAGCGCGGCGUUCAGUUCAAUCGAAAGAGGGUGGAAAUGUAUCGAAAAUGUGGGAGGAUUUGAGCAAUUGCUCGGCUAGAAUUAUUUAAUAAUUCGUGCGUGCAUCAAUAUGUUAAGGGAAAUUUGCUAAUAGGGGGAAAGUGGCACGAAGAAAACGGUUAGAAAGUUCAGCAGGUCAAAGUGGAAUGAAGAAAAAAUCAAUUCCGGUGCCCGCAUUGGUGAGUUUGAGCGCGGUCAAGUUUAGACGUUCAAGUGUGAAGAACGAAAACAGGAAGGGAAUGGUUUUAAUUUAAUUAGUAUCGACGAAAGGGAAAAAAGUGUUCCUGUCCGUUUGGUUUGAAUGAACUACCGUGAUUUAUCGCGCCAAAAUGAAACUUCCGGAAUGGAUGAAGCGAGGGCCGAAAUCGAAUGUGGGUGUUAAAAAUGUUCAAAAAUCAAACAGUGUCAAUAGUGGGAAGAGUUCGCAGAAAAGGCGCAACAGCACAUCAUCUCGAAAAAGAAAUCUGAAGCGCAAUUCCUACGUAUCGUCUGCGAUAACGACUAAAAAUUUCUAUCCAGUGGAACAUUUCUUCAAACAACAUCCCGAGAUGAAUGGGUUUUUGAACGGCCAAUCUGUUGCGAACACGCUGCCAGCCAAUUUGAAUGAGUACAACUACCGGCAGCAUCAGUUGUACCCACAGAAAACGCCUGACGGUAGGCUGUACAGCAACAGCCAAUGCGCGACAACGUACGAGAAUCUCAAACAAGCAGACUGCUCUAGACCAGUUGUUGUCGAUGGCAUGCAGCAGCAUGGUCCCAAUCUUGCUCAGCCUCGUCAUUUCUUCACCAAAGAUGUAGCAAAAUUCGAACAAAGCAAAUUUAACGACUAUCGCCAGCAACAACAACACAUAUUUAUGGGAGUACACCCGAUAUCUACUAUGACGAUAGACCGUAAAUUGACGCCCACCUACCGAGCGACCAAUGAUAACUAUCUGACGACGCUGCCCAGAACAAAUCCUCUUCUAAUGCCCCCAAACAGGCAGCAUGUAAUGAUGAAUCAACCGCGGCAGGAAGUUCUGUAUCAGCCACCGAAUGGAAACAACUAUAUUGAUCAUGGCCGGCGGACCGAUCUAGUGCCGAUCGCGGCCAACCAACCAGAAGCCACGAUCGGUGUCAAACAGAGGCAAAUCAUUCCGACCGCUGCCACUGGAAUAUGUGUCAGACGGAAUGACAGCUUCAGGCGAUACAAGAUACCUUCACCAGCGGCGAUACUAGAUAUGAUCAAUGACAAAUACAUAAGUGGCAGAAGAAAGACAAAGAACGAGCGAACGUCCUGGGAUUACAGCACCGUAUCGCUGUCACGUGUUCCGGGCUAUGGCUUCGGAAUUGCCGUAUCCGGUGGGCGAGAUAAUCCGCACUUUGCCAACGGUGACCCAUCGAUAGCAGUCAGCGACGUGCUGAAGCAUGGUCCCGCCGAGGGUCAGCUGCAGGUCAACGAUCGAAUAAUUUCGGUCAACGGAAUCUCGCUCGAGAACGUUGAGUACGCGACGGCCGUGCAAGUGCUGCGGGACAGUGGCAAUACCGUGACCCUGGUAGUGAAGCGGCGUGUGCCGAACCAUAGUCUAAUGCAACCGGCGGGCGGAGUGGGGGUAACUAAUUCCCAUCAACAUCAGCAUCAGCACCAGCACCAGCAUAGCCUCAGCUCGACGGGACUCGGGCUCGGUGCCUUGGCGGCAAACAAUGGAUCUCAGCAGCAAAUCAAAGUGAUUGUUACAAAGGCAAACAAAAAAGAUGAUUUCGGCAUCGUUUUAGGAUGUAGAUUAUUUAUUAAGGAAAUUUCGUCCAAGACGAAAGAUCAACUAGCAGCCAACGGCUAUUCGUUACAAGAAGGUGACCUUGUUACAAGGAUACACAACACAAACUGCAAUGAUUCGAUGAGCUUGAAAGAAGCGAAGAAGAUUAUCGAUGGGUGUAAAGAGCGCUUAACGCUGGCGGUAUUGCGAGAUGCGACGAAUUCCGCGGGUCUCGGUGGAGGCACUAGCUCCGGCAUGCAAUCGCCAGUUUAUUCCCAUACCGCACAAGUGUCCAAUUGCAGUAAUAUGGAUGAGAAUUAUCUCAACGGAAAUGGGGGAUCCUAUUCGGGGCAGAACCUGUAUGUUCAGCCUCCAACGCGACUUUCGGCAAUGAGUACGUUACUAGUAGAUGAUAAAAGCAAUCUUACACCAAGGGGAAGAUCACGCGGCCCACUAACUGAUAUUUCUUUACAACAACUAGACAGGCCCAGUACGCCUCCGGGAGCGACGAGUAGCAGAGGUGGUGAAGGCAGUGGACAUAUGCGAUCGCGGAGCAUAAUCGACGAGCCUCCACGUCCGCCGCCACCAAGAGGAGAAGAUUUCUACAGUACGCGUCGGCCUCUGCAUGAUGAUAAAAUCUCAUCGGAGCCGAGGUAUAUCACAUUCCAGAAAGAAGGAUCCGUUGGUAUCCGGUUGAGCGGUGGUAACGAGGUAGGAAUUUUCGUUACUGCCGUCCAACAAAAUAGUCCAGCUGCUGCACAAGGACUCGUCCCUGGAGAUAAAAUACUAAAAGUUAACGACAUGGACAUGAACGGAGUUACCAGAGAAGAAGCAGUACUGUUCCUUCUAAGCCUACAAGAUCGUAUCGAUCUGAUUGUUCAGUACUGUAAGGAAGAGUACGAUAAUGUUACACAACAGCAGAGAGGAGAUUCGUUCCAUAUUAAAACGCACUUUCAUUGCGAAAAUCCAUCUAAAGGUGAACUAGCUUUUAAAGCAGGAGAUGUGUUCCGAGUUAUUGACACGUUGUACAAUGGAGUAGUUGGUGCCUGGCAAGUGCUUCGUAUUGGUCACGGUCAUCAGGAACUUCAGCGUGGUGUGAUACCAAACAAAGCUCGCGCAGAGGAACUUGCAACAGCUCAGUUUAACGCUACUAAAAAAGAAAUGAACGCAUCAGAAUCGAGAGUCAGCUUCUUCCGGAGGCGUCGUUCAACACAUCGCCGAUCGAAAUCCCUUUCGAGGGAAAACUGGGACGACGUUGUGUUCUCUGAUUCCAUCUCAAAAUUCCCUGCCUAUGAACGAGUAGUUCUACGUCAUCCAGGUUUCGUGAGACCCGUUGUACUGUUUGGGCCCGUUUCCGACAUAGCCCGGGAAAGGCUUAUCAAAGAUUUCUCCGAUAAGUACACGGCGCCUCUGCAGGACGACGACAAGGGGUCAUCAAAAUGUGGUGGGAUUGUACGGCUAUCCAACAUUCGAGACAUCAUGGAUCGAGGGAAACAUGCAUUACUCGACAUCACACCGAACGCCGUCGACCGACUCAACUAUGCACAAUUCUACCCGGUGGUUAUCUUCCUCAAGGCUGACACCAAACAUUGCGUGAAACAGCUGCGACAUGGUUUGCCGAAAUCGCAACACAAAAGCAGCAAAAAGCUGUUCGAACAGUGCCAAAAGCUGGAACGAGUCUGGUCCCACAUCUUCAGCACCACCAUAAACUUGAACGAUCCGGACACCUGGUAUCGGAAGCUUCGGGACUCGAUCGAUCAACAGCAAAGUGGUGCAGUGUGGAUGUCCGAAACAAAGCCAGUAGAAUCCCUCUCCGAUGAUUUCCUCUUCCCAAUGACCACCUCCCGACUCUCCUACGCCUCAAGUCCGGAAUCGGAUCUGGAACUAAGCCCGGGACCAUCGGCCUCAUUAUCAUUGGGCAACUUACCGCAACUGGUGAAGUCAAGCUCUGACCCUUCGAUCGCCACUAAUCAGGAUAACUUGGAUAGGGAUAGAGAACUCGGUGACGGAAUGCCACCACCAUACACGAAUCCUUACGAUCAUUCGGGUCAUCCUCGCCGCAUGACUGUGGACAACAAGUACGGAUUCUCUGCCAACAAAAGCAAUAUCGGAGCACCAAUGCCCCCGGAAGAUGCCAUCUAUGGGUCCAGACCACCGCCACCUAUUCAGCACAACAAUACGAGUCACUUUGGUCCAGUUCCAGAUCUACCUCCGCGGAUAGACCGAGCAUCGAAACCUCCAAACGCUACCACAACACCCAGCACACCGGCAUCGUCGCUCCCGUCCCGCAACUCCAGCACUGGAGGGACUCUGGGGCGUUCGGCCCAGGAGCGGCUGUUUGGUAACAGCAAAUCUUCCACCGAUAAUCUUGACCAGGCAGUGGCCGAUGAUUAUGCCACCCGAAGUCAAAUGUUGGGUCAAACGCCCGACAAACGAGCGGCGCUGAGCAACGGGUUGAACUCGCUCGAGCGGGUGCAGAACACAUCGCUGGAUCGUUCCAGUAGACCGAACCAGCUUCCUCCGCAGCAGCAGCCGCCCCCGCAGAUGCCCCCGGGGGCUACCAGCACACCUGGCAAGGCCAACGGAUCUUACGAUAGUGUAUCCAGCUACGAUUCGUACAACGCAACACAGCUGACGGCGCAGAACAUGAGGUUAGGACCCAAUGCGCCCGAUGAUCUGAAAUCGGUGCCGAAUAGUCGCGGAGGAACCGGUUUAACGCCCAACCAAUCAACUGUGUCCGAUUACAAUCGUACCACCGGAAGUAACGAUUUGCUGAUGACGCCUCCGAGAGGAAGCCAUCUACAUCCCGAUAGGAACAAUCUUAAUGGCAAUCACGAACCAUUGACUCAGCGUAACUCGGGUGAUCGGCCCACCGGAAUGAAUAUACCUCAGCGACCGUCCAAUCUGGCGCUUGAAAGUCCGCGGAAGCACGUGAUGGAAACCAAAACUGAUUAUGGGAAAUAUAGCCGGAACAAUUCCGCAUCCCAAGCAGACUAUUCGAAGCCGAACAAAAUGGCGCCGCCGAUGUUGGGCACGCCACCGUCGAAUGGUCCCAACGGAAUGCCAUUCAAACCGGUGCCACCACCGAAGCCCAAAAACUAUCGACCGCCGAUAGGAGGAGGGGGAGGCGGAGGCAGCGGAACUGGAAGCAACGGAGGACCUAUGAACUCCGGACAGUGGGACAACGGGGAGUCCAUAUCACCGAGAUCUCCCAACGGGUUCUACUAUCCUCCGAUGUCGUCGCACUAUCAUCAAGGGGUCGCCCGCAAUGUGCCAAGUUCUCCGAACAACAACCACAUGAACGCACCACCACCGGUUGGUCACCCCUCGCAGAUGCAUCAUCCAUACGGUGGUGCCGGAAGUGGUGUCAAUCCAGGUCAAUAUGGGCCGAAUGCGUACAACGGAUAUAACGGAAAUAAUGGCGGCGGUCAGCCACACUAUAUGGGUAAUUCCGGCCGUGAUAUGGGGAUGGGUCAUAACAAUGCUUACAAUGGGAACACUCAUCAUCCAUAUGGAAACAAUUACAUGCAUAGAGGUAGCGGGGGACCGAAUCAUGGCAUAGGUAAUAUGUCAUCGUUACACCCCUCGGAACGCCAUCCUCUAGAUUUGGCCGGAAGUCGAGAACAACGAGGAUCAGCGUUUGAGCUUUAUAGGAAACCACAGCUUGGCACCGCUGGGCACCAUCAUAACAUGCGAGAAAUGGAGCCAAUGAUGUCGAUACACGAGUACAAUCAGCAUCAACAGAAUCUGAUGUACCAGGAACGCAUGCGUCAGCAGCAGCCUUUGCCGCCGAUUCCUGGCAGCGUUGGGUAUGACGAGUACAGUGGAAGAAAUGUGCCACAUUCGUCUCUUCCACCGGAACUUCCCGCUAAACCACCGAAAAAGAACAUCCUCAAGUCUCCCCUGAAGGCUAUUAAAAAUGUAUUUAUCAAAUCGACCAGACCUUUGAGGAGGCAGGUUAGCUUAGCGGAAUCCGAUCGAAAACUGAGACCAAUCCUAAAGAGACAGCAUUCGAUGAUGGAGCCACGUUCCGCAAGAAUGAUGGACACUCGCUUCCAGGAUCCCCAAUACGAUUCGCGCCAGUAUUAUAUGCAACAGCAACAACAACAACAACAGCACCACCAACAGCAACAGUACUACAACGAUCCGAGGCAUCAGAUGUCUCCUCCACCUCAGCACAUGCGCCAGUAUCAGAGACAUGAACCCUACUAUCCUAAAGACCCCAAUAGCACCUACCAAAAUUUGGAAAGCGAAUCCAUCUACGGCAAUUAUGGCGGUGGCAGUUAUUAUGAUCAUGAACAGGAAAAUCUAUACGCAAAUAGGGCUCUGAUCGAACUGGAGCGACCUAGGCCUGGUCUAGGUCCAGGGUCAGGAUCCCAGACUACUGGUAGGAGAAUAGUGCGCAGACACAGUAUGGCUGAUCGUAGCGUUCCUUCCCCAAGCUUCAAUCAUUUCAAUCGACGGAGAAUGGGAUCGGAAAGAUAUCAUAUGGACACCAGCGGAGGAAUGAAUGAAGAAUCGAUCUAUCAAAGCAAAAGCGGAUCGUACAUGUACAAUGAAGCACGGGAUCCAACCCGGCGCCAUUAUGUUGAUCCAGUCUACCAGAGUAGAAGGGAGAUGCACAGAGAUCAUCUCUACCAGAGCAAACAACAAAUGCAAGAUCGCAUCCAACAAAGCCGUUUGGAGAUGAUACAAAACCAACAUCGAGAACGAAGCGAAUCCCCUGGACAUUUCAGUCGUACCAAAGAUGCCACCGAAUCAAGCUCUAGCUCACCCAAUUCCCCGGCCAGUUCCACCUAUUCUACUCGAAAAGAGAUGAAAGAAAAGGGCAUCAAGCCGCGAACCCAGUUGAGAGAUCAAAUCUACCAAUCCAGACGGGAAGCCAUGGAAUCAAUGGCCGAACCGGAUUACGUCUCCCGACGAGAGCUAAAACAUGAACCGAUAUACGAAUCGAAGAAUGAAACAGACAUCACCUCAUCCAUGGACAUGAGCAAACUCCAGAUAAGUGAAAAUAAGCACAACCUCAACAUUGAGCAAGACGAUUCCGUAAACAAAGAAGCAGAAGCAAAUGUUCCCACACAGACCGAAGACCAAAACAUACAGGAAAGCAUCGAAGAUUCCUCGAAAGCUCCCUUGGCGUUAUCCGAGGAGGAUGACGAAGACGAUACCCUAACCAAAACAAACGAAUCAGACCUGCAAAAGGCAACUUCUUCAAAGCCAUCAACCCCACUGACCUCACGAUCUACCCAUAUUUCAAAUUUCCUCAAACGAACCGGACCACCACCUCCGCCACCAGACACAAGACCACCUCCACCCCCGGUACCGACAAUAACGUCCCAUAACGUCCCCGGUAGUUCACAAAUGAAAAGUCCCCCGCCGCCGGAAGUUUACGCCAGCCGUACCUCGAUAGAAACGCAGUACACGUCACAGAUGAGCCUACCGAUCGGGCCCCCGAAUGCCACAAGUACGCCAUUCGUCAGUGAAAUGUCCCUUGGGCUGCCACCUCCGAGGCAACCGAUCACCCGGCGGGGUGUGUUCGAUUCCACCGGCGGUACACUUUCCGAUCCCAUCUGGAACGUGUCGCUGCAGAUACCGGCCGGGGCAAUUGCUCCCGGCAUCAAGCAGGAAAUCUACUUCACCGUUACCGAUCCGCGACUUAGCGAGAGCGUCGGUGGACCCCCACUCGAUAUGGAAAAUGGUGAAACCAUGCUUUCACCGUUGGUCAUGUGCGGUCCUCAGGGAACCGAGUUCCUGCUGCCGGUAACCCUCAACAUUCCGCACUGCGCCGGCCGGACUGCAUCCCUCGGGCUCUCGCUGAAGGCCACCGAUAGCGAAAAGAACCUGCAAACCGACUGGGACAACAUCGAGCUGCCAAGCAACGUGGCCGCACAUACGGUAUCCGUCAAGGUUGACCACUUUUAAGUUGAUCCAGCGAAGUGAUCCAUCGAUUGCAAUUAUGUAUUUUGUAAAGGUUUUAUUUGCAUUUUAUGUAAAUCCAAACCGACUCGUAUGUGCCUUUUUAUUCGUAUAAAACUAUAAAUUUUGACAUGUAAGUGUAGUAAACCUAAAAUAGGAUCGAACAUAUAUUUACCAAUUGCCAUCAAAUCAGUAUGCAACAUAUUGAAAUUAUCUCAUAAAUCAUGAAACCAGUCUUGCUAGGAAGAAAAAGU